GGCUAUUCACACGGAACAGUAGAUGGCAGUAAAAAAAAACCAGUCCGGAUUUGAGAUUCCAAUGAACAAAAGCAGGAAAGGGGCGGGUACCUCUGCAGGGGAGGGAAGGCAGGGAAGGGAAGGCAGGGAAGCUAAGCAGUGUUUGGGAGAAGAUGUUAAUUGCCUCAUAUGGCUGAGGGGACAUUCUGCAAAAGCUGACACGUAAUCGAUAAAAUGGAUUCACGCUUUGAUGGUUUAAGAUAUAUUCAACAGGACUGUGGUGUUCUCCACCAAAGAAGUGAUGAACGGCCUCAAAAGCUUAGAAAUUCACACAAUAUUAAAGAAGGCACUUAUGGUGUAAGUAUUAGGGUCCAGGGAAUAGAUGGUCACCCCUACAUUGUUUUAAAUAAUAAAGAAGGACAUUUGUCAGAAAAUGACUACUCAUCAGACCGUUGUUCCCAGUCCUUAAAAAGGCCUGCAGUUAUAUCCAGUGAAAACUCAUUUCCUGAAAAUCCAUUUGAAGCAUCUGUUCGCAAUACAAAUAAAACACAGUAUAUAAAUUCUGGAAAUGGAUUCAAAGGUAGAACUGUAAAACAAUCAAACUUGCUAAAUUUCCAGAAGCAUCCAGAACUUUUAAAACCAUAUGAUCCAGAUGAACACAGACGAAAUGAAGACAAUUUGCCCAAUAAUCAAUGCAAAAUACCUGCUGUAGAGGAACCAAAGAAAAAUCAUAAACUUUCUGGUUCCUGUAAUAAGGGGAUUUCAGCUACAUAUUCGAGUAUCAAAUAUGUGGAUACACCAAAAUACGAAGACAAGGAAGCAUCACUUAAUCAAACAACUAAGCAAGACAUCCAAAGCAAAAUAUCAGUGGAUAACAAAAGCAUUUUAAGCAGCCCAGGUGAUACUUCUACCUCAGAGUCUUUCUCAUCAAGUAACGGUUCACUGUCUAGUAAACACUCAACUGCUUAUGUGGAGGCCAAAAAAUCAAGGCCAGAUGUUCUUCAGUUUAGGAGACAGGAUUCUGCAGGUGCAGUUGAAGGAUCGCGCUCACGUAGAUCAUCUGGAUCCUCAACUGCAACUUCUCAGUCUUUUCAGAAAUUUUUGCUCGAUGAACAAGAAGAUGCUUUGUAUGCAGAUAAUGUGAACCGUCAUGAAAACAGAAGGUAUAUUCCUUUCGUACCAGGAACAGGUCGUGACAUUGACACUGACUGUAUUUUGGGAGUAGAUGAGUUGAUUGAAAAGUUUGAUAGGAAUAUUUCCAUGCAGAGGAGAGGUAGGUCUGCCAAACGAAACAGAAUUCAUCCAGAAGACCGCAAAAGGGCAAGAAGUGUUGACAGUGCAUUUCCAUUUGGCCUUCAAAGUAAUUCAGAAUAUUUAAAUGAGUUCAGUAAAAGUUUGGGAAAGUCAAAUGAACAUUUACUGAAACCCUCCAAAAUCUGCCCGCAAAAAUCACUCACUCAGUACUACAAAAUGUCCUUUAAGAGACAGAACACAACAGGGAGCCUUGUUUCUCAGCCCUCUCUGCUUGAUAAUGCCCAGAGCAAAGUUUAUGGAUCCUUGCAGAAUCAGAAGGAAAAAAACACUAAUGCAGAUGAACCAGACAGCAUAUCCUACCUUUCAUCCACUUUGCCAAGCAGAGGUAAAAAGUAUGAUGAUGUAAAAAUGAUUAAAUCGACUCUACAGUUAAAGGACUGCAUUUCUAGCCCACCACGGGAGGGGAUAAGGAGAGCUGCAGCUACGAUGCAGGGCUCAUCUCAAGUUGCUCAGGCGACGCCUGACCUUUUGAAGGGACAACAACAAGUUGCACUACAAACAAAUGAGGAAACUGCAAAACAAAUACUAUUUAACUAUCUAAAAGAAGGGAGCCCUGAUAAUGAUGAUGCAACCAAAAGAAAGGUCAACCUGGUGUUUGAAAAAAUCCAGACUUUAAAAUCAAGAGCUGCUAACACAGUACAGGAUCCAUCUGCAGAUAUCAAAGUUUUACUGGAACAGAAAAAAGAACUGGAAAAGAGAGUUGCUGCUUUGCAAGAAAGACUUGAUGAAGAAAUUAAGAAUCACAAACGUGACAAAGAAGACUCAAAUACCAAAGCAAACAUGAAAGACUUCCAUGACCAGCUGGAGCAAAGCAUGGAUGAAAAUCUUGUUCUUCGGAAGAGAUUGGGUGAAAGUGAAAAGGAAUUAAGAAAGCAUCUUGAUGAAUUGUUUGAACUGAAGAUGGAACAAGAGCAGUAUCAGACGGAGAUCAGAGACCUGCAGGAACAGUUGUCAGAAAUGCACGAUGAAUUGGAUAAUGCCAAGAGCUCUGUUGAUGAUGGGGAAAGGGAAGCAUUUAUAGAGGAGCUGAUGCAAAUGAAACAAAGUUUUCAAGAGGUCUUGUUGGCUAAAGAAGAGCAGGAAGACUUAUUAAGGAAACGGGAGCGUGAACUUACUGCACUGAAAGGAGCACUGAAGGAAGAGGUAGCAACUCAUGACCAGGAACUUGAUAAGCUCAAGGAGCAGUAUGAUAAGGAGCUGAAAAGCAUCAGAGACAAUCUGACUGCAGCAGUAAAGAAUUCCAGUGAUAUAGCUAAUCAGAAGGAUGAGGCAAAUCAACUGAAAGCUGUCUUUGAAAACAGAGUGAAAGGCCUUUUGCAAGAAAACGAGGAGCUAAAAAGUAAAAUAGAGAACCUUGAGGCCAAAAUUGCUGCACUUCGCCAGGAAAUUAAAGACUUAAAUGAAGAGAAUGAGAGAAUUAAAGACAAACUUUCAAAGUCUGAGAAGGAAAAGCAGCAGUUGGCAAUUGCCUUGGAAAAUUCUAAGGACCAAGAAAAGGAAGCUCUGCAGUUUGCAAGAAAGCUCGAAAAUCAACUUGAAGACACUAAGAGAAGUCUCAGCCGAGUGUCUCAUGAGCACCAGCAAUUAACAGAGAGAUUAAAGGAAGAAGCUAACCAGAAAGAACAGCUAAGGAAUCUGAAAAAUGAAAUGGAAAAUGAGCGUUGGCAGUUGGACAAGACAAUUGAAAAAUUACAAAAAGAGAUUUCAGAAAAUGUUGAGUUUUCACGGAUGUCCACAGUGGAACUUCAGAAGCAGUUUGAUGAAUAUAAAGACAAGUAUCGCAGGGAAAGUGCUGAAAUGCAGCGGCAGAUAAAAGACAAAAAUCUGGAAGUAGAAAGGGCUUGCCAGACUAUCAAAAAACUGCAAGAUGAGGUCCGCCAUUUGGAGGAGAAUUUGCAAGAUCACCAGAGAGCCCAGGAUGAGGCUCUAACUAAGAAUCAUCUUCUUCAGCAGACCAUUAAAGACCUUCAGUAUGAACUGGAUGCUAAAACUCAUGUGAAGGACGAUCGGAUUAGGCAGAUCAAAUCAAUGGAGGACAAGUUAUCGCAGCUAGAAAUGGAACUGGAUGAAGAGAAGAACAAUUCAGACCUUCUGCUAGAGAGAGUAACCAGAUGCAGAGAGCAGAUUGAGCAAACGAGAAGUGAACUAUUUCAAGAAAGAGCAGCAAAACAAGAUCUAGAGUGCGAUAAAAUAUCACUGGAAAGACAGAACAAAGACCUGAAGAGCAGAAUAGUUCAUCUUGAAAAUUCACACAGAUCAAAUAAAGAAGGGCUUGUCGCACAGAUGGAAACGAGAAUAGCAGAGCUGGAAGAACGCCUGGAAAAUGAAGAAAGGGAACGGGCAAGUCUCCAGCUCAACAACCGCAGGCUGGAGCGGAAAGUUAAGGAGUUAAUGAUGCAAGUAGAUGACGAGCACCUUACUCUAACGGAUCAGAAAGAUCAGUUAAGUUUAAGACUGAAAUCAAUGAAGAGGCAAGUUGAAGAAGCUGAAGAGGAAAUAGACAGACUGGAGAGCGCUAAAAAGAAACUGCAGAGGGAUCUAGAAGAGCAAACUGAUAUAAACGACCAACUUCAAACUCAACUUACUGCUGCUAAAAAGGAACUUAGCAGACGUAAGAGUUCUCCUAGCCGAAUGAAUGAUCUUGAGGAUGAUGAUGACGACCUGAGCACUGACGGGGAGAGUCUUUAUGAUGGUCCAUCAGUAUAUACGUUUUCUAGGGAUGAUGGUAUAAGGGCGUGAGCUGACUGUUGCCUUUGGACUAUGGAAAAGAAAGAGAGAAAAGUUUGGAAUUGUUGCAUUUGCCAAAUGGCUCCACGCAGAAGCAGUUGUAUGAAAGUUAUUGGAAACAAAGCUGAAUUUUCAGUUGCAGUAUUCCGAUUUUUGUAUGUAAAUCUUACGCUUGACCUAAAACAAUCAUUUAUACUUUGCCAUGCAAAUUAUUUUACUGAGAAUCUUCCAAAUUGAUAGUCUUAUGAUUUUAAGUCUGUGCACAACAGUUAUUUAAUAACUAUUACAUAGACACAGAAAAUGUAUUGAUGUAUAUAUUUGUUUUAUUGAUUCAUACACUUCAAUUUUGUACAAUCAAAUUUAUGACUUAAAUUCUUGCCAUUACCAAAUGAAGUAUGUUCUUUCUAAUAUUACCUCUAUUACUGGGCCUUAUAAACUCAUGUUUAAAACUUCUUUACACACGGUAUCAAUAAAGUGGCAGUGCCAGAAGCCGUUUGGAAAUGGUA